CUCUCUCCACCCCCUCCUUCUGUCUCAGAGCUUCUGGUUAUUCUAGCUGCUGCCAAACCAAGCUUAGGGCAGUGCAGGGGAAGGAGCUGGAGCCGGCUGCUUAUAAGGUUUGGAAAUGCCAUUCUGCAGCCUCAGGUGUCUCUACCCCAGCUCAUAAACCCACUCUAUCUCCCAAGGCGAGGAACUGCCCUGUUGUGCUGUUUGGAAUGGGGCUCACUCUAUAAACCAAGGGCACCUGACCUCUAUAUUUAGGAUGGAGAUGCUGCGACGUUCUUCAGUAUUUGCUGCUGAAGUUUUUGAGGUAUUUGACAGAUCUCCAACUGAUAAGGAGUUGGUUUCCCAGGGCAAGGCCAUCUGCAGGGACUUUAUUCAGGCACGACUUCAGCGAGCUGGACUUGGAUGGAGCAAACCAGAACAUGGGAAGUCAAAUGCAUCGGCUGGUCGUUUAGCAGAGAUAUCCACCACCUUUUUGAGGCUAGGGGAUGAGCUGGAAUACAUGAGACCGACUGUGUACAGGAACAUUGCCCGGCAGCUGAAUAUAUCUCUGACCUCUGAGACUAUUUUAUCAGAUGCUUUUCUUGCAGUCGCAGCAGAAAUAUUCACAGCAGGUAUUACGUGGGGUAAGGUGGUAUCAUUAUAUGCAGUGGCAGCUGGUCUAGCAGUGGACUGUGUGAAGCAGUCUCAGCCAGCCCUAGUUCUGACAAUUGUGGAUUGUUUGGGAGAAUUUAUUCGGAAGACUCUUGUGACAUGGUUAAAAAGGAGAGGAGGAUGGGCAGAUAUCAUGAAAUGUGUUGUCACCACGGAUCCUGGCCUCCGGGCUCAUUGGUUGGUUUCCAGUGCCUGCAACUUUGGUCACUUUUUGAAGGCAGUGUUUUUUUUCAUUCUCCGUGAGCGGUAACCUCUGCCAUCUUGGGAAACGGGCUUGGAUUACGCAAAAUGGAUGCAAAGGGGACAUCAUUCGUAAAAAAGAUACAACUGUCAGGCGGCUUUUCUUAUCCUCCAUGUUUAUUCUGGCCAAGACCGGCAAAAAAAGUCAUUGUAGAACUCUCCUGAAUCAUUUGAAACCAAAAACUAUGACUCAUAAUAACAUGCAGUGAGACAACGGUUUUAAACUACUGA